AUGGCUUCCAACGAAGGCUUCUACCUGCGCUACUACUCCGGACACUCGGGUCGAUUCGGCCAUGAGUUCUUGGAAUUCGACUUCCGUGUUGUGGGCGAUGGUCGAAGCGCCGUCGCCAGAUAUGCCAACAAUUCCAAUUAUCGAAAUGACAGUCUCAUCCGGAAAGAGAUGUGUGUGAGCUCAACGGUUAUCGAUGAGAUUAAACGAAUCGUCAAGUCAAGUGAGAUCCUGAAGGAAGAUGAUAAGAAGUGGCCGCAGAAGAACAAGGAUGGGCGCCAGGAGCUAGAAAUCAGGCUCGGCGGCGAACACGUCUCUUUUGAGACCGCUAAGAUCGGAUCCCUCGUGGAUGUGAGCGAAUCGGCGGACCCCGAAGGCCUACGGGUGUUUUACUAUUUAGUACAAGACCUCAAGGCUCUCGUAUUCAGCUUGAUCUCUCUUCACUUCAAGAUCAAGCCAAUUUAA